AUGCUCAGGUUGGUGGAGGACACCGUGCACCCCAGGGACCCCCCACCCAGGAUGGGACACCACGGGGAUGCCAUCCUGGGCAUCCAGAACGCCCGCUGCCUGGCCAGCCCCCCCGCCAGCCAGCCCACCCUGCAGCUGCAGGACGCUGACAUCCGGGAGCUGCCCCGGGCCGGGGAGGCCUCGGCCGCCUUCACCUUCUUCCGCUCCUACAAGGACGGGCUGUGGCGCUUCGAGUCCGUCGCCAACCCCGGCUGGUUCCUCUGCACCUCGGCCCGCGGGCACCAGCCCCUGGGCCUCUCCCGCCACCCCGAUGCCACCCACCUCCUCGACUUCUACUUCCAGCUCUGCUGAGCCCACCCCACCCCCACCCCACCCCUGGGGACAGGGACAUCCCCCCAGUGAUGGGGACAUCCCCCCCACCAGGGAUGGGGACAACCCACCCAGGAUGGUGCCAUCCCCCUGGAGAUGGUGACAUCCUUCUGGGGAUGGUGCCACCCCCUCUGGGGACAGUGAUAUCCCACCCAAGAUGGUGCCAUCCCCCUGGAGAUGGUGCCACCCCCUCUGAGGAUGGGGACAUCCCCCCAGUGAUGGUGACAUCCCACCCAGGAUGGUGCCAUCCCUCCCUGGGGAUGGUGCCAUCCCCCCAGUGACAGUGCCAUCCUCCUGGGAUGAUGACAUCCCCCUCUGGAGACCAUGCCACCCCCCCGGGGACAGUGACAUCCUCACCCCAGUGAUGGUGCCAUCCCACCCAGGAUGGUGCCAUCCCCCUGGAGAUGGUGACAUACUCUUGGGGAUGGUGCCACCCCCUCUAGGGACGGUGACAUCUCCCCAGUGAUGGGGACAUCCCACCCAAGAUGGUGCCAUCCCCCUGGAGAUGGUGCCAUCCCCCUCAGGAUGGUGCCAUCCCCCUCUGGUGACCAUGACAUCCUCCCCAGUGAUGGUGCCAUCCCCCCAGUGAUAGUGCCAUCCCCCUGGGACAAUGACAUCCACCUCUGGAGACCAUGCCACCCCCCGUGGGACAAUGUCAUCCUCAUCCCAGCAAUGGUGCCAUCCCCC